CGGAGCCCGACUCCAAGCUCGCGCUCCAAGUUCCUGCGCUCCAGGCUCACGUCCCCCUCCCUCCCUCCAUCGUACAGACUGGGGAAACUGAGGAGGCUGUAGCUGAGCCGGGUCACUCCCUGGGUCCGGGUUGUAGCCGUCCUCGGCUCAGCCCCCGGCCACCCCCGUCCCCCUUGUCGCCGCGAUCGAUCGCUCUCCGCCGCCGUGCGGGGUGCUCGGUGGGGAGAGGUGACGGCAGGGGCCUAGCAUCCACCUGGAGGGAGGACCUGACUGUGCAGCCCAAGCCACCUCUCAGACUCUGCGUCCCUGGCCAGGUGCCAUGGCAGAAAAGGUGCUGGUAACAGGCGGAGCUGGCUACAUCGGUAGCCACACGGUGCUGGAGCUGCUGGAGGCCGGCUACUCACCUGUGGUCAUUGACAACUUCCAUAAUGCCAUCCGUGGAGGGGACUCCAUGCCUGAGAGCCUGCGGCGUGUUCAGGAGCUGACAGGCCGCCCUGUGGAGUUUGAGGAAAUGGAUAUCUUGGACCAGGCAGCCCUACAGCGCCUCUUUAAGAAGCACAGUUUUAAAGCUGUCAUCCACUUUGCCGGGCUCAAGGCUGUGGGCGAAUCAGUGCAGAAGCCCCUGGACUAUUACCGAGUUAACCUGACAGGGACUAUCCAACUUCUGGAGAUCAUGAGGGCCCACGGAGUGAAGAACCUGGUGUUCAGCAGCUCAGCCACGGUGUACGGGAACCCCCAGUACCUGCCUCUGGAUGAGGCGCACCCAACUGGGGGCUGUACCAACCCCUAUGGCAAGUCCAAGUUCUUCAUUGAAGAGAUGAUCCGGGACCUGUGCCGGGCAGACACGGCCUGGAAUGCAGUGCUGCUUCGGUACUUCAACCCCACGGGUGCCCAUGCCUCCGGCCGCAUUGGCGAGGAUCCCCAGGGCAUUCCCAACAACCUCAUGCCAUACGUUUCCCAGGUGGCAAUUGGGCGACGGGAAGCCCUGAAUGUCUUUGGUGAUGACUAUGCCACUGAGGAUGGCACAGGUGUCCGGGAUUACAUCCAUGUGGUGGAUCUGGCCAAGGGCCACAUCGCGGCCUUGAAAAAGCUGAAGGAGCAGUGUGGCUGCCGGAUCUACAACCUAGGGACUGGCACAGGCUACUCGGUGCUACAGAUGGUCCAAGCCAUGGAAAAGGCCUCAGGGAAGAAGAUCCCGUACAAGGUGGUAGCCCGGCGGGAAGGUGAUGUGGCUGCCUGUUACGCUAACCCCAGCCUGGCACACGAGGAGCUGGGCUGGACAGCGGCUUUGGGACUAGACAGGAUGUGUGAAGAUCUAUGGCGCUGGCAGAAGCAGAAUCCUUCAGGCUUUGGAGCACAGGCCUAAGGACCUCCUACCAUGGACCAGAAAAGGAAGAGAGGCAGCUGCCCCUGCUCUCCAGCCUCUGACAAGACCCUGCACCCCAGCACUCUGUGGCCGAGCUGAAGCUGCCCUACCUCAACCCCAGCUGGUCGCUCAGCCCUCCAGGCAGGAAACCUGGGCUCCACUGACCAGAUGUCAGGGUUUCUCCCAAGGGUGCAGGAGCUCAUAGGACCAUCAGAUUGGAUGAAGGGGCAGGGUUCUGGGACCACAGCCUCCUCUCAGGCACUAACUUAUACUGCUACAAGGGAGCUUUCCAAAGUAUUGAAAAUAAAAAUGUCUUCUUA